AACGAAUAGCUAUAGCAUAGGCUAGUGGUAGCAUAACCACGUACUGUUACUGCAAAUAAGCUAAAACUGCUACAGUAAAAUAAAGAAGUAGGGUUUGGCAGAGUAAGCCUUAAGUUAUCCAUUUUCAGGUACUGCAGACACGUGAACAAAUGGCGGUUGCAAGAACCCAUUUCAUUCUGCUGAUCCAACCCAGUGAAGACAGCUUCAGCAGGUCAUUUAGUGACUUUGAAACAAUCGAUGAACUCAUGGAAGGAAUCACGGAUAUUUAUGAUGACUACAUCAAAAAGGCCUUUCCCAGUAAAAGCAAUAUUACGUAUGACCUACUUUCAAUCCUGAAGUUUGUCAAAGGCCUGCGAGAUAUUUCAUGUCUAGAGUACAAGCAGAUACAAAACAUGUACAUCCCACACAGUAAAGAGUGGGUUGCCCAGGAACUAUAUAAGUACCUGGCCAAAAAACAUGCAGAAGAAAACCGAUUUAAUGCGUAAUGACGACAUCUAAAAAAAGACAUGGUGCUAAUUUGAUCCAAGAUAUUUGCGUUAAUUCAAAAAGACUAUUUUAGUUGUCUUACACAAUAUUUUUGUUAUUCCUUUAAGAACAAUGUGAGACAUGUGAUUCAUUAACUGUGUUGAAUGUCAAAUUAGAAAGAAUCAUCAGCUACUGUAUGUACAUAUUUUUACCACAGGACAACAAUUUGAUCAUUGAGUUUCUGUGUCACUUGUCCUUGAUUUCGAGCAGAAUGUAGAUAUAGUGUUUUCCAUUGAUAUUGUUGAAGUAGAUAUCCCAUUAGGACCAACUGUAGCCAGUAGUUAAUAUUGACAGUAAACAAUUAAACUAUUAGACCAUCAGAGUGUGCUAUUACUGAAGGAAUAUUAAAAUUUUCACCUUUAAUUUUUUAUGAUGGAGUAAGACGUUAAAAGGUUUCAUCAGUAACCACUUCAGUAUGGCAAAAAGUUGAACAUUCAUCACUCGGUACAGGAAGAAGCUUAUUCUGAUGAAAACUGAUGUCAAGGGAAAAAAUUUGGGCAAGGAAAAACCUAUCAGCUAAUUUCCCUUGCUCUUAAUCGGCUUUCCUUUUGGCCACUAUGUGCGCUAGUGUUUCUUUACUGUACUAUUAACUUUAAUGGUUUUAAUACAUUUGGAUUGUUUAAACAUGUAAUUUUUACAUGUUAUUUAGGUUUUGUAUAACCCAAUUGCUUUUAUUUUUAUUUGUUAGUAUAAAAAUCUGUUAGUCUCAAGAAAUUGUUAGUCUCAAGAAAUCUGUUAGUAAAGAUAUAUAAUAGUUUUUAUCAAAUUACUGAAAGUUACUACAAGAAAACUAACAA